CCCUCCCACUUCCGGUGGAAAACCGCUAUCUGUCAUUAGGAAAAAGCUCCUGAGCAGGAAUCCGCUACACGGUCCUCUUUAACAACACUGUUAUAUCUGGAGCGUUGCGUCUCCCUGGACGAACAGAGACAACAUGACCUGGCGGACCUAGCUGUCCCGGGGCUGCUGUUCCCUCCUCAGCCGGCUGAAGGACGGAGCAGGACGGAAUGACUCCGAUGGAUAAGCCGAACAGGCUGCUGUUGCUGUCCGAGCUCCGCGUCAGGGACACGGCGUACAAUGUGAGCCUGAGCCGGUCCCUGCUCACAUGGAAAAGACGGGCCUCCAGCCCGGUGUACCACCCGUUCAGACCCAGUGUGUGUCACCGUGUACCAGUGUCAGAGAUCAUCUCUGUCAGAGAGGAGCAGAGUGGCAGCAGACAGACAGAUGAAAGCAGCUGGAAGAAAAUCAAAGAAGGAUCGGGACAGGACUGCAGGCAGGCCUUCACAGUGUCCUAUGUGGAGAGGUGUCAGCAGCACCGCUGGCGGUGUGCUGCGGUCACCUUCACGUGUCCUGAUGGGGGGCUAUGUCAGAGCUGGGUUGGUGCCAUCGCAGAGCAGCUGGCAGCUAUCACCAGCAGACCCAGACGCCUGCUGAUCUACAUUAACCCGUACGGCGGGAAGCGUCAGGGCGGGCGUGUCUAUGAACAGAAGGUCGCUCCGCUGUUCGCUCAGGCUGCCAUCUCCACACAUGUCAUCGUAACUGAGCAUGCCAAUCAUGCGAGGGAUCACCUGAGGACGGACGCAGAGCUGAAGAAGUAUGACGGAGUGGUGUGUGUGGGCGGGGACGGCAUGUUCAGUGAGAUCGUCCACGGUUUGAUUUGGAGGACGCAGAUGGACAGCAGCUUAGAUCCAAACUCUCCGGAUGAGACUCUGACUUCCUGCUCGCUUCGCAUCGGAAUCAUUCCUGCAGGUUCCACCGACUGUAUCUGCUUUGCUACUGUGGGAACCAAUGACCCCGUGACCUCUGCACUGCACAUCAUCGUGGGAGACUCUCAGCCUAUGGACGUGUGUUCGAUCCACCACAACAACACGUUCCUGCGAUACUCCGUCUCCCUGCUGGGAUACGGUUUCUAUGGCGACGUGCUAACUGACAGUGAGAGGAAGAGAUGGAUGGGACCAGUGAGAUAUGACUUUUCAGGUCUGAAGAUGUUCCUGACUCAUCACUACUAUGAAGGAACCGUGUCCUACCUGCCGGCCAGAGGCGUCGUUGGAACGCCACGAGACGCUGCCAGAUGUCGAUCUGGCUGUGUGGUUUGUCAGCAUAACGGACCGAAACCUUCAGAAAGAGCUGAGAAGUACGAGACGGAUGACUGUGGAAAUGACGGUGAUUGGAGGACGAUCCGAGGAAAGUUCUUGGCCAUCAACGCUGCCAGCAUGAGUUGUGCUUGUCCCCGCAGCCCUAAGGGCCUCUCACCUGCUGCUCAUCUGGCUGAUGGGACCACUGACCUCAUCCUGGUCAGAAAGUGCUCCCGCUUUGACUUCCUCAGACACCUCCUCCGACACACCAACAAAGAAGACCAGUUUGACCUGAACUUUGUUGAGGUCCACCGCGUGGUGCGUUUCCGCUUCAUGCCUCGUCACUGCCAGAGCGACUCGGACCUGGAGCUGGACCUGCUGGAAAAUGGCAAAAGGCAGAUCUUCGGCCAGAUCUGCAGAGACCACCCAGCGUGUGGCUGUGCACCCGCCUACAGCAGCUGGAACUGCGACGGCGAGAUCCUAACCCACACAGCAAUUGAUGUCCGAGUGCACUGCCGGCUGAUCAAGCUGUUUGCACGUGGGAUCGAAGAGCCACAAGUGUUUGAAGAUCUCACCAACCCCUGUGCAAUUUAACUCCAUCGAGCUGUCGCUGAGGUCAUGUGACGCCCACCCCUACAGAGGGAAACCAAAGUUUGUUUUCUAGGUUUUAAAACAAAAACAAAGCGCCUCUAGGUUCUUCAGCACCUCUGGAGCAGACACCAGGGCCUCGUGUGCUCAGACAGGAAGGAUUGCACCAGACGGAUUCAUGAGGUUAUAUCAAAGGCAGCAAAACAAAGACAAGUCACCAGGAUUUCGCACGGUCCAGUUCAGAAACACAUAUCAGUGAUUACAUGAAAGCUUUCUCAGAUGUUCAGAAUAUUCUCAGCGUCACGUCCCACCCUGUUCAUACAUGGGAUCAAAUUUAUGACGAGUCAUAUUCUCCCUCCAGCGGCUCUUAGAAAUGUUUUUAUGACCCACUAGAGCUCUGGAUCUCUGACGUGGGGAAUCCCUCACACCGCAGUCCGGGGCACUGACCCUGGUACAUGAAUCAGCGUAUCUGCAGGUCCUUAAAAAGUCUUAAAUUUGCUUUUCCAAAUUUAAGGUCUUAAAAAUCCUUAAAAAGGACAAAUAAUCCUUAAAUACAGUUUCCAAAGGUCUUAAAUGACCAAAGGCCCAAUAAACAAGAUUCCUUUAUUUGUAUAAAAUUUUCGUGAAUUUCUAGUUAGUGUUCAGCAUUUUUUGUGUGUGAUGUAAGCGGAACCGUACACAUUCAGUUGGUUGUGGAAGGGGGCUAUUUUUAGAUGAGCACAUCAGCUGGUUAAGCUAGUGGGCGCUUGUGCCAUGGGGAAGUUUAAUGGUAACUGGAUGGCUAAUCCCACGUUUGCGACGUGGUUAGCACCAGUUCCAGCCAGUAGCUGGAAAUUAUAGCUUAAAUUUGGUCAAAGUGGCCUUAAAGAAGGUCUUAAAAAGUCUUAAAUCUGGCUCCCUUAAACCUGCAGAUACCCUGAGGAAGCACAUCCUGCAGGUGUGGUUGUGUUCGGACCCGGGCUUGACGUCUGCCAAGAGCAGGAAGCAGUAGUUAGCCACCGGGUGCGUUUCCACUAGCCGCACCACGCUUCCAGAACGUCUCAAGCUCAGCAGUUCUGAUCGGGCCAGACAAGAAGUCAAACACAGUAUCAGUGUAAAAAAAUCCAUAAACUUUCAAAAUAAAAGACGCGUGCUGUUUUACAGUUGUUUUACUAGUAAAAAAAAAAAAAAGUCAUUUCCUGUGAAACCUCCGUAGUCGAGCUAACAGAACAUGAGAUAAACCACAGAUGGUUCUGGAUGCUUGCUGUGGCGUGAACGGGUGAAAUGGCGUGAUCCUACGGGAGCGACCACGUGGAAUGCCUUCGCCGCUGUUUGGUGUCUGAAACGCUCCUGGUGGGGCGUUACAUGCUGCUUACGUCGCGAUGGUGCCUACUGCAUUAGCUGUUGCUAUCCUUGUUCUUAUAGAGACAAGGUCUCAUCGUAUUGAAAACCCUUUACUUGUUUAAAGUCCUGUUUUUCCCGCAUUACGUGCUGCAGGCUCCGCCUUCCUACGGGAUCCCAGAAGGUAAACCACCUAGGGAGCAGGACUCUGGUGCUUUCACCUAAAACUCUGCGAGGCUCGUUGUUGUUUUGCUGCAGAUUUUUCCAAUUUUGUGUAAAAAACGUGUGCUUACAAUCUUUCCGUGAGGGGAACCAGGUGGGAUAGCCGUAGGAGGAUUCAUGCAUUCACAAAGCCUCUGCUGAGUAAAUCUGGUGGGUUCUGCUGCUUUCGUUCAGAUGGUUAUGCCAACAUUUGAUUUGUGUAUUUUAUACACACAUAACAGUCACUGCUGGUGGACCAGCCCAGAUCCGUGCCCAGUAGCUCAGCAGGAUUGUGAUGGCUUUUAUAAACUUUGGAUGUAAAACCAGAGAAAUGAGGUAAACAUUAGGAACCUGAGUGUUGUUGUAGCAGCCGGUUGAAUAGGCCCUGAUAGGGACCCCCAUCAGAGACAGGUCUGGGUUCCAGCCUCCCCAGUGAAUUUCAAUUCAAUUCAAUUUUAUUUAUAUAGCGCCAAAUCACGACAAGAGUCGUCUCAAGGCACUUCACAUAAUAAACAUUCCAAUUCAGGUCAGUUCAUUAAGCCAAUCAGAAAUAAUGUUUCCUAUAUAAGGAACCCAGCAAAUUGAAUCAAGUCACUGACUAGUGUCAGUGACUUUACAGCAAUCCUCAUACUAAGCAAGCAUGCAGCGACAGUGGAGAGGAAAACUCCCUUUUAACAGGAAGAAACCUCCAGAGAAUCCUGGCUCAGUAUAAGCAGCCAUCCUCCACGACUCACUGGGUAUCGAGAAGACAGAGCAGACACACACACACACACACACACACACACACACACACACACACACACACACACACACACACACACACACACACACACACACACACACACACACACACACACACAGUGCAACACUUAAAACAGGAAACAGGAAACGCCUUACCGCCAGGUGCAGCAGUUGGACUCAGGAUUGCGCGGUGUUGACUCAAACAUCUCAGUCUAAAGUUUCUGAUGUCCAGACCUUCUGGGUUCAGCUUUAGUUUGAUUGUAUCUGCGAUAGAAAGCACCUGCUGCAUGUUUGAGGGUUUGCAGGCACCAGCCCGCCAUUUUCAGGGUCACAAAUCAGUCUCAUAGAGAAAAACAAUCCAGACCUUGGUCUUCGGACUGUGGCAUAUGUUGCUGUGUAGCGUUUUCUCCUGUCCUCACUGCUCCGUUACCUCAGGAAGGCUGCAUUCAGACUUUUGGCUUCAAAGUUGUAUUUAUGACAUGAUUUCAUCCAGAUAUUCUAAUAGGUCAAAGGACUGCUUGUUAUUCCAGCUGAUUGGGAUUAAAAUGGGAUUUUAAUUGCCCCUCGGGGAUAAAUCAAGUUUUUCUGAUUAAAAGCCAGGUAGCACAUGAAUCCAUGAGCUUGUGCUCCACAUGCAGAUGACCAGUUCAAACACUUCCUGUGUAAACGACUGCUCAGUGGUCGGUGUGGUGGGAUGUUUUAAACACGUCUGGUGGGUUGAUUCAUGAAACUUUACUUGCUUUAUUAUUUUCGCCUCCAACUUCUUCAUAGAAACAUUUAGAUCAAAAGCCUGCAAAGAGAAUAAUUCCUGUUUUAAUCUGGCUUCUGUCCAGAUUAGCCACACUCAGCUGCGGCGGGUCUGAUGUAAGAGUAGACAAAACGAUGACUGACUUCUUUUCUCCCAGUGAGUGAUUCAGGUUCUGUUCUGGACCUCCUGGGCCUCCAGGAGAUGUUCUAAACCGGAGUCGUGUGGAACCAGAAAAUGUUUGCAACCUUAACCAAAUUGUAAGUGUCAGAAAUGUUUAAAGCAACAUUAAAUACGUCUUCUGCUUCUCCCUCCUGCUGGUUAAAGGUGGAGCUACAGCUGUUGUAAACAGCCCGCUUCUGACCCGGAUGUAGUUUCUGACCAGCAGCGGGCCACAGACUGAAGUUACUCAGGUUUCUGGCUCAAGAACCACUGAAACCAGUUUGAAAGCAACAGCCUUAGUUGUUAAAACUCUCUAGUGUUGUUGGACUUGGCUGCAGACUUCCCUCUGAAGACGUCUCCACGCUCUGCUGCUCUGGUCAGGAGAGCGCUUUGCGACGGGCGUGUGUUAAAGCCCAGUGUUGAUGUUCAUUGAAGCAACUUUAUUUAGAUGUUCUGGGGAACGACCCACACUCUUAGCACUAUUGUAGCUUUCUCCGAGCAGCUUGCUGCUCUCUGAAUGUAGCAGCGUUACAGGAAUGCUGUUCACUAACAUUAACGUGUUGAUGGUUUCUACCUCUGAAUGGUUGAAAUGGGAUUUUAACAGAUGAGAGGAAGAGCACCAGCACUGGACCAUCGGCUCUUUCCUUCCUGCUGACAGUGAGCCAGACUCAAACAGGUGAAGGAAGGAACCAGUAGCAGGUCACAGUGUUCCAGAGCACUGACCAAUCAGCUUUCAGCUUUUUAAUGAUCCCAGUCUGACCAAACACCUGCCGGGGUUUACUGAUGUAGCUCUACUAGUGUCUUUGAUGUUUGUGACUGAAGUCGGUGUUUGGGUGCAAUCCAUGUAAGGAUGAAAGAUCCACAUCAGCUUGCUGUAUAACCCAAAAUGAUGCGUGUCACACCCAGGACAGCUGAAGGUGAUGUUUUAUUAAGUCAGCUCUUAUAAAUGAACAUUUGAGGUGCUCCCAGGUCAGCCUUUAGCUAAACGCCAGCAUCACAGUGGUUUGAUGGAGUCCUGUGUGCUAAAUGCCUCUGAAGCAGUUAGGAGAUUAUAUCAGGUGGACUUUAACAACUGUAGCAGGAGCUCCUCAGCUGUCAGGUUGAAACUUGAGUCUGAAACGCCCUCUAGUGGCUAGCUGCAGUACAUGUUUUAGGCUCCACCCCCUCCAUGUUAACAAAUGAGAUGAAAAAAUCAGGAUCCUCCUCAGAUGAUUUGCUGAUUCUCAUAUUUAGUUUCUUGUUGCUUCAUGUUCAGCUGUGAGCUUCUCCACUAUGCUUACCUGAUGAUGUUUUCUGGCGUCAUCAUAAACUCUCUAGAUGAGACUUUUCAGAGGAAAUUUGGUUAGAGGAAAAGCUUUUAUGGAUUCGAGCAUCACCAGAAAAGAAACGUGAUGAACUCAUUAAAGGACAUGACGGUCGGCCCUGUCCUGUUAGGGUCUUCAGACCAUUUGAACAUUAUUGCCGCCUGGACUAGAAACUCUGAAUUGAAUAAUUGCAAACAAAACCAUGCUCAGUAGCUAAACGUAGAAUGAAAGGAAACUGGUGCUGUGUUAAACAUGCGUGCAUGCUUUGAUUAUCUCUUCAUUUUUCUGAUCAACCGUUUUGUUUGGGUGAACCGUAGACCUCCAUGUUUGAUGUGUUAAUGCAUUAAAACCUUUGUUAACCUGUUUGACUCAUAAAUCACGUGACCUCUUUAUCCACCCCUUCGCCCCACAAUAGCAGUUGCAUUAUCAGAUAAUAAACUAUUUUCAACACUU